AUGGACGAAGUGUAUUGUGACGAGUUACUUCAGCAUUAUCCCUCGUUCUCGGACUUUCAAGAUUUGCGUUUCACGUAUAUCUGCAAUUGUGUCUUCAACAUUUUACUCGCUCAAAACACCAUCGUGUCGAACAUGUUAGCGAUUAUCGCGAUACGAAGAUGUUCGUCGUUACCACAGACUUUAAAAACGUUCCUUCUGAGUCUUUCUGCUUCUGAUGUUGGUAUUGGUUUGGUUGUUCAACCAAUUCACAUUUCCCUUCUUAUCAACUGGUUGCAACAGAAUGAUUCUAACUGUAUCAUCGCAAUGGUUUAUCAAAUGUGCGGUACUUUUUUCUCGCUUACUUCGUUCCUUGGUGUUCUGGCUAUAAGUGUGGACAGGUUCUUAGCUAUUCAUCUUCAUCUCAGAUAUAAGGAACUUGUGACUCACAGGCGUGUUGUUGCUGUGGUUGUAUCCAUUUGGCUGUUUAGCGCUUUCGUAGACCACCAUGGCAACUUCAAAAAGGAGCUAACGUCAUGCAAUGACGCUCUCCCCAUUCCCCCAGUUCUUGGUCUCAUUCUCCACGGUGAAGUGAAGAAAUUACCAGGCUUCAUGUUUUUCGCGAACAUCCGUCUCACAGUUCCAAUCCGUCGGCAACGAGGAACAAACAUGUUCAUCGACAGGAAAUGUCACGAUAGUUUUUAA